GAACUUUUUCCUGAGCUCGGGCCAACAGCCCAGCGCUAACCCUCGAACGCACAAGCUCUGUUUCUGGUAGCUACAGCAGUGACGAACGCCAGGCACAGGCAAGCGAAAGCGACGCUGCUGGGCCAUUGAGCUUGUGAGGGCUGCCAUGAACUAGCCACUUCCAUCCCCAACAUUGCUCGCCGUAAUCCAAAUGUCCUCUGGCGGCGAGCGCAAAGUCUCGGGCUCCCUGAGCCGCAGCACAAGGGGCACAACGCCGCGCCUCGCUGACCUGGGAGAGUCCCCGCGAACACCCAUUCUACGAACCAUCUCAUCCUCCUUCGGCUCACCUGGCGGCUCCUUCCGUACCGAAGACGAAUACGUCGUGAUUGAAGUCGGCUCACGCUUCGUGCGCGCCGGCUUUCCCGGCGAGAGCGCCCCGCGAUGCACCCUCCCGUUUGGGCCCGACGACCAGCGCAGGGUGGGCGACUACAGGCAGUGGGACCCCCAAUAUACGCACAAGAGAAGAAGGCGGAAGCGGGGUCUGGACUGGGGGCACGAGUAUGAGCUCUACCGGACGGACCUGAGCAAGGUCGACUUGGGGCUGGUCGAGGACAAGUUCGAGCGGGCAAUGCGAGAGGCGUACGGCAAAUACUUCUUGCUCGACACGAAGCCACGCCGCGUGCUACUUGCAAUGCCGCCCCGCAUGCCGCAUGCACUCAUGUCGACAGUUCUCGAUGUGCUGUUUACGAGCUUCCAAGCCCCCAGCAUCACCCUCAUGUCCACGCCAGUGCUGUCGACCGUGGCAGCAGGAUUACGCUCAGCAUUGGUUGUGGACAUUGGCUGGGCCGAGACACUGGUGACCGCAGUUUGCGAGUAUCGCGAGGUAGCUGAGAGGCGCAGUGUACGAGCAGGCAGGCUAUUGAGCGAGGAGAUGGCGAAGCUACUCAACGCCGAACUCGACGAUGCUGAGCCAGGCCCUACCAAGGCAGACGUAUCUUUUGAAGAGGCAGAGGAAGUCCUUACGCGCGUCGGAUGGUGCAAGCCUGUCCCUAGAUCGAACCGAAGAACCGUAUACUUUCCUGCACGAGAAGCGCCUGUGCUAGAGGAGUUUGAAGACGCUGUCGAGUCACCGCCACCUACUGUCACCAUACCUUUCCCGAAACACACCCCUCCUACCGAACUCACCAUAUCGUUCGCAUCACUAGCCAAGCCUACCGAGAAUGCUCUCUUUGCACCAGAGUUAGCCAUACACGAGUUCGACGACGAAGACCUUCCGCUGCAUCACCUCAUAUACCGCGCCCUUGUCCAGCUGCCCAUAGACGUCCGUCGACUAUGCAUGUCGCGCAUCGUCAUAACAGGCGGCGUGUCCAACUUGCCCGGUCUCAAGACGCGCAUACUGAAGGAGCUGGAUGCUCUGGUACAACUCAAGGGCUGGGACCCAGUCAAAAGCUAUGGGAAAGCAAGCGCGCGUCGCGAAGAGAAACUCCGAAACCAGAGGGAAGAUGUGGAGAUGCGCCGACAAGAAGGCGAGGAUAUGUUCCCCUCGUCGCUCGAUGCGAAUGCGCCCCCUGCCCAACUACCCGCAGCGCUUCAAUCGCCCCAAGAAGAUCCUAUAGACACAAAGUUCGCUCAGAUGGCGAUACGUCACGGUCCGCCACCUGCUAGCUUGGUUGGUGGCACCAUCAGAGGCGUAGAUACAUUAGGUGCGUGGGCAGGUGCAAGUCUGAUAGCACAGCAGCGCAUCAAGGGCAUCGUCGAAGUCGAACGCGAAAAGUAUCUCAAAGAUGGUUUGCAAGGAGCCACAAGAGAGAAGGACGUCUCUGUAAUCGCACAGAGGCAGAGCAUGGGCCCUGGACUUUCUACCAAGGGCGGAGAGAGAGCUAGCUGGACUCUAGGUGUGUGGGCAUGAACCGCGUGCGAACUGUUGUUGAGCAUACUGUUCCUUUUUGAUACCCCUUCAAUUGUCUCUCUUCUCUGCAUUAUUGAUCCGUCUUCCUUUCAAUACAUUUGUCCCCUCAGAGUACGAGACUACUGCUACAGCAGGCGUCUGGCUGCACAUUGCUACUGUCAGAUACACAGGAUCUAAGAAGUCACUGUGACCAUGUAGGUGUCUGAAUAUGCAUAUCCUCAUCUCAACAAUUCAGUCUGGUAUUCAAGCGAGUCGAACAUACCAUUGACCGCUCUCUCCUGCAGCUCUCAGCCUUGUUUCGGUCUGCUAAAUCGCAUGUGGCUAGCUGCCCGCGAUCUG